UUAGCAGAGUGCCAGCAAGGAGAAUACUCCCCGCGUCAGUGGAAGUCCGGUCGCUGCUUUUCGGUGAAACCAGCUGAAGUCCAUCUCUAAUGGCCACGUCCACGGAUUUUCAGAACGAGGCUGCAGGAAUUUCCACGUUUGCAGGUAAAACUACAAACACGAUGCAGCCGCCUCAGGAGCCUUGUCCCUCCAUGACAGAACCUCCAGCCGAGAACUCGAGAGUCCACCAGAGUCCCGAUGAAGCAGCUCUCUGCUGGAGCACAGACCUAGGUCACCUUCUAGAGGACGACGAGCAGGAGGAACAUGAUCCAGAUCCACCUCAGGACCAGCCAGAGGUCCAGGAAGUAAAGCAGGGUGCAGCAGCUGAUGACCAAGAGGCGGGAGGCCAGGAGCAGAAGGAGGACAGAGCUUUGCCUCCAGACCCAGAUUCCAACCUAAUGAUGGGGGUAGCCAAUCAGGACGAAGCCGGGGAGUCAGGCGGUAGCGUGCCGUCGCCGGUCGUCACUGAGACAGAGCAGAGAAACACAGAGAUGGUGGCUCGAGGCCGCCGGCCUGACGGAUGUUUUAAACCUGGGACUGCGGUCGAAGAAGCAUCGCUGCAGAAAGUGGGCGGACCCUCAGACCCGCCGACCUUCGCGGCGGUGAGCGCGAGCAGGCCGACCUCCAGCGGCGACGGAGGAGACGUGACCUGCUGCGACCUGCUGUCUCUGAGGAGCGACUCGGUAUCUUUGGCCAGCGAGUCCAACGUGUUCGGGAGGAGCGAGGAGGACGACACGAGGAGCGUCACAACGUCCUCCGUCAUGUCUCUGUUCCACAGGGUUUCUCUGGAUCCUCUGGAGAAGGAGUGGCUGAAGAGCUGUGCCGUGGGGAACGUGGCCACCCAGCGCCGGCUGCUCGCUCAGGAGCCCGGGCUCGUGCUAAAGAAGGAUUUCAUCACUGGGGUGAGUUUGGCUUCGUUAACAUGAAUCAUCUGAACACAACAGAACACCUCUGCCUUCUGCCUCAAUUAGCUGAGCGCCUAUAUCACAGAGAGCAGCUCCCUCACCUCCUGUCUCCCGUCACCACGGCGAGUUUAAACAAGUCGGACGUUCACGCGAGCAGAGGGCGGGGUUAUUGUAAAAUUCAGUUCAUGUAAACUGGCCUCACUCAGACGUCCUGUGUGUUUGUUUGAAACACCUGCAGAAAUGCAGCACUGCGCUGCGAGCCGUGCAGCCCUCUCUUCAAAGAGGCUGACAGCUCUGACAGCCUGCCAUCAGGUUAAUCACAGCAACAUGGACGGAUUACCGAACACGACGUGCACAGAGACGCCGAACCACCGCACAGAGACUAAACCCUGCCGAAAGCUAAGAAGCACAAAUACAAAGAAACGCAAAACAACGACAAAGAGACAGAAACGGACACAAAUAUGGAAAAAAAAAAUUAAAAGUCAGAGAUUUUAUCAAACUGAUAAAAUGAAGAAACGCAGCAACAACACGGCCUUAUCGCAUGUGCGUCUUCCUGUCUGUGGUCAGCUCGUUGAGCUGUUUUGUGUCUCGGGGUCUGGAGAUUUCGGGGGGCUCAAACACGCCGGCGCCGACUGGCCUUCCGCUGCGCGCCUUGGACGCCGCAUCGGGAUGGCGGGUCCACGCUCAUUAGGCCUGCGUGCGAUUGGAGCGGCCCAGCAGCCAGACAGCGGGCGUGUGUAAUGAUAUUGUAAUUACAUGGUAAUUAAUAUCUGAGCAGACAGCGAGCCUGAAGGGAGGCGGCUCGGCUCCCAGCAGAUGGGAGGGACUGAUAAUUUCUCCACAGCCAUUCGCCGGAGCCUCUGUACUUUUAUUUGGUGGCGGUUUGAUUUCACGGUGCUGAGCGGAGGAUCUCGGGAACGGCGAGAUUGUCCUUGUUUGUGAGCGGCGCUCCUGCAUCGAUCUGUGGUUUCCUUUCUUCUCCUGCAGCUCUUUGAGACCCCGUCCCAGCAUAUGUUCCUCACAUUCAUUGUUAAGUCAAAGUGUGACUCCACAGCCAAUAAAGAGCCGGCUUUUCAGAGCGCCACAUAUGGCAGAGCUGUUGCAGGCUGUCUUUGAAAACUCUACACAAGCAGAAUUUCACACAGCUCUAAGCUGCCUAUUCAAGAGCUCCGGCAAAGGGACCCCUCCAUAUGGCCUCGCCUAAUGUGCCCCCCCUUCCAUUAGCUGCACAGACCUCCCCGUGCAGAAAUAACAACAUUAAUGGCGUAGCCCUCUCGCCACUUGACAGCGUUGCUCUCCUUUUCAUGCCUCGCUUGAUCAAAACGGAAGGAGUGAAGCUGACGCCUUUCUGAUGUGCUUUUUGCCUGCUGCUUCCAGGCGAGCGGCGCUAACUCAUCCCGCGCGUCCCUCCUCCACCUCCAAAGGGCCGACAGAUGCUCGGCACACCGAGCCCGACUGUUGGCAGGCAGUCGGCGGUUUGUGCCGGGUCACUGUCGGUGCUACCCCCGGAUCUGUGCGAAGACAACGGCUGUGAGCGUCUCUCGGAGGCCCGAGUGUCCCGCUGAGGCGGACAGGUGUCUGUCAUGUUUGCAAAUGUGUAACACGGAGCUUUUGUGGCUCGUUGAGUUGGCCCGUGUUCUAGUUGGCUCGUUAACCAUUUAAAGGAACAGAAAAUCCCUGCACUGUGCACGAUCCAGAGAUCCUGCAUUCAGACAGCCUGCAGGUCUCUCAGUCUGCUGGUGUUUGUGAGAAUGUGUCCUUGCUUCUGUAGUAGACUCUAAAUCAAAGAUGUCAGAAAAAACUCAUUCAAACUAACAGAUUCUGGACUCUAAUUCAAGCUGAUCGUUAUUCAGAUGCAUCAGUGCUUUCUACUCGUCCGGAUCAGUUUGACUCUUUUCAGCCUAUGGCUCGUCAGAGCAUUGCCGUAAAUGCAGAAUAAUCUGCUCUGAGAAGAAAAGCAUUCGAUGUUUGAGUUUGGAAAAGUAAGUUUUGCCUCUGAUUGACUCGAGGAAAUGAAUAAAUGUGUCCUCUGCAGUCUUGAACACCUGCCUGUGUGAGGCUGAGGUGGAGGCACGAACAAUCUGGUCGAGUGUUGGAAGAGGCCGGCGGGUGAGGCCGGCUUCAGUUAGCACCUUUUAAUGAAAACUCUGGGCUUAGUGGUCAGUCUGCACCUCGCCGCCACCACGGGCACGCUGCCAAAAUAAACCUCCAUGAAGCAUCCUGUGGACAUUGACAGGUUUUUCCCCUCCUGUUCCUGUGAUGGCGGCGCCCCGCUCGGUUUUCACGCUCACGGUUGUUGGCUGAAUGAGGAACAUCAGUGCGGCAUAAUUAAAUGGGCGGAAAACAGCAGAAAACGAUGUUCAGGCUGUUUAAUCCAGUUUAGAGCAGCACCACGAGGGAAGGGGUCCAAAUAACAGGACCAGGAGGAGGGGCUUCUGAUGAAGCAGUGUGAGGAGGAAACGCAGCAUCUUACCAAGGACUCGCAUCAGGACGACUUUAACAUCCAUCAGAAUGAGUCAUGAAUCAAAUGUUUGCUGUAUUAAAGCAAAACGAGCUUCGAUCCUCCCUCCGGAUGCACGGAGGACUGAUGAGUUGUGUGGGAUUAUAUAUCCACAGACAUCAAAAACCACUGCAAGUAGUUAAAGAAGGGCAAGAAACUCCAUUUUUUUAAAAAAACAGAAAAUGACCAUGAUUCCUCCUACAGUCACUUUAAUAUUAGGAUUACAGUCUGAUAUUUGAAACAAGCCCUUCAUUCUCCCACUAAGUUUAACGUUUUCUGUUUUCUCCUCUUCCACUCACUCGGACACACAGUUUGUAAGUCCAUCUUUGUGUCUCUGUGUGCAGUGUUUGUGCCGUAGUGUUAGCACAGC